GUUUUAGAUUCAGUCAGAGUGUCGUCAUUUCUACAAACCAACGAUACUGUCGUGAGUUAUAAUUUUUUGUAGCUCAUUUUAUUACUUUGUUUCCAAAAAAAAUCCGUAAAUUUUGGUUUAUAAAAGUUUGCGUCAACCUGGAAUAAAUAUCUGCAGCGAUUACCGUCGCAUAAUAACAUUCAAUAAGACGGUGUGGUUGUGUGGCAUUAUUGUUUUUGAGGGAAUUGCAAAGGGAAAAAAAUUAGUAUAAAGCGAUUGAAUAAAUCAAUAUAAAGUGUGUCGGUCGUCAUUAUCCGGAUGCAAUUUUAAAAUACUGUUCGCGUGUAAUUUGUGUCAACAUCUUAUCAAUUAUUUAUGCGAAUCAAUAUUGUUACUAACUUCAAUAUGUCAGAUAUACAAGAUGGAUUAUCAGCAGAUCAACUAUUUCAAAACGGAGAUGGUCUUACAUACAAUGAUUUCAUCAUUCUUCCUGGAUUCAUAGACUUCACAGCAGAUGAUGUCGACUUGAGCUCUCCCUUAACAAAAAAUCUUGCGUUAAAAGCACCGCUUGUGUCGUCUCCCAUGGAUACUGUUACCGAAUCUGAGAUGGCUAUAGCGAUGGCUCUUUGCGGUGGUAUCGGUAUAAUUCAUCACAAUUGCACUCCAGAAUAUCAAUGCAGCGAAGUGAUGAAAGUUAAAAAGUACAAACAUGGAUUUAUCAGGGAUCCAGUUGUCAUGGGUCCAGAUCAGACAGUGGCUGAUGUUCUUAAUGCAAAAAAGAAGAACGGUUUUACUGGCAUUCCAAUCACCAAGAACGGAAAGCUUGGUGAUGUUCUCCUCGGUAUUGUUACGUCACGUGAUAUAGACUUUCGCAUGGAUGAUGUCAAUAUGACGUUGGAAAAAGUCAUGACGAAAGUGGAGGACAUGAUAACAGCUCGGAAAGGUGUAACGCUACAAGAAGCCAACAAGAUUUUGGAAGUUAGCAAGAAGGGUAAACUGCCAAUCAUAAACGACAAGGGGCAAUUGGUUGCUUUGAUUGCGCGUACUGAUUUGAAAAAAGCGCGCAACUAUCCGAAUGCUUCGAAGGAUAGUAAUAAACAACUACUGGUUGGUGCAGCAAUUGGUACCAGAGAUACUGAUAAAGAUCGAUUGGCAUUGCUUGUACAGGCUGGCGUUGACGUCGUCGUCCUUGAUUCAUCACAAGGAAACUCUAGCUACCAGAUCGAGAUGAUAAAGUUCAUUAAAGCAACAUAUCCGUCACUUCAGGUGAUUGGUGGCAAUGUGGUAACGCGAUCACAGGCUAAAAAUUUAAUUGACGCCGGUGCUGAUGGCCUCAGAGUCGGAAUGGGGAGUGGUUCUAUUUGCAUAACUCAAGAAGUUAUGGCGUGUGGCUGUCCUCAAGCGACAGCUGUUUACCAAGUCAGUAAAUAUGCCAGUCAAUUCGGAGUUCCGGUCAUUGCGGAUGGUGGCAUCCAAUCCAUUGGACAAAUCGCAAAGGCUUUGUCCUUGGGCGCAGCAACCGUGAUGAUGGGAUCACUUUUAGCUGGUACGUCUGAAGCGCCUGGAGAUUAUUUCUUUUCGGACGGCGUUCGUCUAAAGAAAUAUCGUGGUAUGGGCAGCCUGGAGGCAAUGGAAAAAUCGGACACGAAGGGCUCGGCAAUGAGCAGAUAUUAUCACAAUGAAAUGGAUAAAUUGAGAGUGGCGCAGGGCGUCAGCGGUAGUAUUGCUGAUAAAGGUUCAGUUUUGCGAUUUUUGCCAUAUCUCGAGUGUGGAUUGCAGCACAGCUGUCAGGAUAUCGGUGCCAAGUCUGUUGGUCAAUUACAGAAAAUGCUUCGUUCCGGUGAUUUACGUUUCAUGAAGCGAACACACUCGGCCCAAGCAGAAGGUAAUGUCCACGGUUUAUUUUCCUACGAAAAACGUUUGUUCUAAAAUGAUGUACGGCAUAUAAAAUAGAAGAAAAAUUAUCAAUUCAUUCGGUAAGAUUUAAGCUAAGUAAAGUGAUGUAUGUUAACAAUUAAGGAAGAUUGUAGAACAUACCAAGAUAGCGCGGUGGUAUUGUGUCAAUAUAUAAAAAAAAAUAUUUUUGCAUUGUGGACCAAUCAAGAGUCAAAAUCUUAGAAUAUGCAAAAUUAAUCUGUCUAAGCAAAACUACAUUGUGUACUUAAGGCAUAGAGUAACAUUUGUAUAUUAAAAUUGUCAAUGAAUGUUAUACGGUUUACAAAGUUUAAUAAUUAAAAAAAAUAUGUUCAAGUGAAAAGCACUGAAAACCAA